AUGAGCUCCGUCACCAUCAACAAACAACGUGAGGCCAAGAGAGGAGCCGCCACGGACUCGGUGGCCGCGCGCGAGGAGGCCGACACCCAAAGCAAGCUCUCCGCACGCUGUUCGUGCGCUGACGGUGCCAGCGACAUGCAGGGCCUGCUGCACAUGUACAUGUCGGGCACGGUGGUGGGUGUGGCCAACGCGGCCAUGUUCCACCCGGUGGACUCGAUCCGCAUCCGCUACUUCUUCCUCCCGCGCUCCAAGAAGACCGUACACAUGGACGACAUCCGCGGCGUCAGCUUCUGGAAGGGCAUCAGUUUCAAUAUGUUCUCGACGGCGCUGAAGCAGAUGGCGUUCUACCCGACGCAGGAGCUCAUCAAGCACGUGUGCAUUGCCAAAGGAGGUUUCAAUAUGUUCUCGACGGCGCUGAAGCAGAUGGCGUUCUACCCGACGCAGGAGCUCAUCAAGCACGUGUGCAUUGCCAAAGGAGGCAUGAGCGAGGAGCGGGGUCAGUUCUUCUCGAGCAUGUUUGCGGGCAUGGUGUUGGGCCUCCUCGCGGCGCCCAUCAACGUCAUCAAAGUCCCGCUCCAGUCGGGCGUGAACGCCACCUUCACGGUGCGACAAAUCUGCAGGGACGUGUAUCGCGAGCGCGGGCUGCUGGGAUUCUACAGAGGUGGACUCGGCAUCGUCCUUCGCGACACCGUGUGGUCGAUGGCCUACUUCCCCAUGUUCGGCCUCCUCCGCAAGACGCUAUCGUCGGUCGUGCCGCCUUCGCUCUUUUCGUCGACGCCGACGCCGGGCUCCACCGACGCAGCCGCCGCGACGUCGGCGUCGGCACCGGCAUCGGAGCGUGACCCGCGCAGCGUGGCCAUCAACUCGCUCUCCAGCGUGACGGCCUCCAUGAUGGCCAUGCUCGCCUCCUAUCCCUUCGACAGUUCACGGCUCUACCGACAGAAGUUCGGCGGGCAGUACGGGUUCUGGCACGGGUUCCUGAAGUCGUUCCAGCCGUCGUCGGCCAACUACCGAUCGCUCGCCGCGUCGCUCAUCCGAGUCCACCGCAGCAUCCGGACGGCCAACCGCGGCAUCCUGGCGCGCAUGCGGGACGACGCCGACGCGGAGGGUGACGCCUCGACCUGGAUCGACGGCAAGGAGCACUCGGGCCGCACAUCCAAGAUCUACUGGCUGCGCCACAACCCUCCUACCUUCGACGAUUGA